AUGGCAGCUAAGUUUGCGUACGCAACCAAGGCGGCAUUUCUGCUAGUCCUUUGCCUCGCCGUUACAUGCGAUGCUAAGCUGCGUGACGGUGCUCAACACACGUGCGCCUAUCCCCAAGCUUGCACCAAUCCUGGCAACCCGGACCCAGGCCAUACAGUGACGACCACAGCCCGCUACAACCCGGGAACGGGGCGAUGUGUGACCACCCCGUCGGUGACCGGUCCACACGACUGCCAGAGGUUCGCCACUUUGGCAGACUGCCAGCGGGAAUGCGGGCAGUAAUGGUGGAGACUUCGAGAACCGCCCAA